AUGGCCAUGUACUACUACGCGAGCAAGCUGUGCGCCAGCGGGCAGCCUCCGUCGCCGCCCCCGCAGCCGCCGCCCUCGCCACCGCCCCCGCAGCCGGGCCCGUCCACGUCGGCCUGCACCAGCCACUGCCUGCGCUACCACCUGCAGCCGGCGCACGCCCACGCCCACGCCCAGCCGCAGCAGUGGCAGGCCCCGGCGACGCCUCCGCCGGCCGCCGCCGCCUCCGCGCAGCCGCCGCCCAAGAAGGCGGCCCAUCCGCACAACAGGCCGGCGCCGGCGCCGGCGGCCACGCACCGCGCGCAACCGCAGCCGCAGCCCGGCACGCACCGGCCCACGCAGAGGCACCACAAGACCAAGCACAAGGUACCUACCACUACGUUCAGGCUGCAGUAUCGCUGUGUACACAUGGCAGGCGCGGUCCGGCAACUAUGA